UAUCCAUCCAAUUUCUUAUUGACAUCUUACGUUCUUGAGCCCUUCGAGAAGGACUCGUCAAUUCGCCUCUUGUCUGCUGUCCUCGCUCCCUCUUCCUAGUACCUACACCGUUCACUGUCGUCCCUCCUGCCGAUCAUGGCGCCCAAAUGUGCUGGGUUGUCGGGCAGGCCCCUACAUCUGGCCAUCACUGCCGUGUCUACUAUGGGUUUCUUGCUAUUCGGUUAUGACCAGGGUGUCAUGGCUGGAAUCAUCAGUGCCGAUCAAUUCACCGACGUCUUCACAGCUGCCAAGGGUGACAAUGUUAUUCAGGCUACUAUCACUGCUGUCUAUGAACUUGGUUGCUUCGCCGGUGCUAUCUACACGUUGAUCUUCGGUGACCGUUUCGGUCGUCGCUGGACUAUCAUUCCCGGUGCCACUAUCAUGAUCAUUGGUGUUAUCAUCCAGGUGACUGCCUUCGUCGGUCACAUCCCGCUGCUUCAGUUCAUGUUUGGCCGUGUUAUUACUGGUAUUGGCAAUGGAAUGAACACCGCAACCAUCCCGACUUACCAGGCCGAAUGCUCCAAGGCCAACCGUCGUGGUCUGAAUAUCUGUAUCGAAGGUGGAACCGUUGCCAUCGGGACCAUGAUUGCCUACUGGAUUGACUUCGGAACUCACUAUGCCACCCGCCAGGACAUCAGAGACGUGGCUUGGCGGUUCCCCAUUGCCUUCCAGAUCGUCUUUGGUAUCAUCAUCAUCAUUGGCAUUUAUGUCCUCCCGGAAUCUCCUCGUUGGUUGCUGACCAAGGAGCGCUUUGACGAGGCGGAGCAUAUUAUGGCCGCACUAAUGAAUAGUGAAAUCAGUGACCCUGAUCUUCAAAACGAGAAGGAACGCGCAAUGGAAUCUAUUCAAGCUGCUGGUGCUGUUGGAAAGACAUCCUACAAAGAUCUUUUCACUGGCGGCCCCACUCAGCAUUUCCGCCGUAUGAUAGUUGGGUCUUCUUCUCAGAUCUUUCAGCAGCUUGGCGGUUGCAACGCUGUCAUCUACUAUCUUCCUGUGUUGCUGGAGCAGAGUCUCAGCGAGUCCCAUGACCAGGCUUUGCUGAUUGGCGGUUUCAACAUGGUUGUCUAUGCUGUGUUUGCCACCUUCUCCUGGUUCUUCGUCGAAAUGAUUGGUCGCCGCAAGCUGUUCCUGGGUGGCACCAUUUUCCAGUUGAUUUCCAUGAUCAUUACCUUCGUGUGCCUGAUCCCUCAUGGCAGGGACCCCAAGAAGGGUGCCAUUUUCGGUUUCUUCUUGUACAUGGCCACUUUCGGCGCCACCUGGCUUCCGCUUCCAUGGCUCUACCCUGCCGAAUUGUCCCCCACACGUACCCGUGCCAAGGCCAAUGCUGUCUCGACCUGUGCCAAUUGGCUCUUCAACUUCACUGUUGUCAUGAUCACUCCGGUCAUGGUUGAACACAUCGGCUGGCGUACCUACCUUUUCUUCGCUGUCAUGAACGCCUGGGCUCUACCGACCAUCUAUUUCUUUUACCCCGAGACCGCGGGUCGGACCCUGGAAGAAAUCGACAUGAUUUUCGAAAAGGGCUUCGUGGAGAACAUCAGCUACGUUCGUGCCGCUAAGGAACUGCCUCCUUUGAGUGAGAUCCUUGGCGACCGCUUUGAUGACGGCGAGAAGGGCAUGGCCGAGAACCAGGAGAAUGUUGGUACUCCUGCGGGAACCCGUGAGGCCCCUCACGAGAAGGACGAGGAGUAAAUUAUAACAUAAUACGCUUAAUUGCGAAUGAGCAGUUUUUGAGAAUGACGACAUAUCUCGGAGACUACUCUUAAUUGAUAUGAGGCACUUUGAGGAGGAUUCAUUGAUACCCCUGGCUCUUUUUUUGUUUUGUUUCACACUUUUUUGAACUGGGAAAGGGUUUGUCAAGUGUCAUAGUGAUGCUGACAAUGAAAGGAUAGAUAGCGCUUCAUUUUUGCUUUUCCAUUUACAUUUUAACGUCUCUUCUCUUUUCCAGCCUGACAUGUGAUACACAGACAUUGCUGGCUUUUCUAAGGCGAUUAAAGGGAUAUUUACAGGAUAACCAAUCUUCGCUUUUAGCUAUGCUACACUCUUAUCUGGUUCACAUUUACUUGUUAUAGACUCAGCUCAGUUGCUGCUAUGAUUCACCUGAUAUGAUAAAGAUGUUGUUUCAGUUUUCAACAAUAUAAUGAAAUGUUGUGAUACUGCGAUGUAUCCUUCAGUCCUCUUCCAAUAAGUAAACUGAUA